AUGGUGGUGUCUCUGAUUCUGCUGUGGAUAGGUUUCUGCCUGCUUCUGUUCCUGAUCCGGACCCGGCGGCCCAAAAACUUCCCCCCUGGCCCACAGCCCUUCCCCAUAUUUGGAAAUCUGCUUCAGCUGAAUCUGGAGAAUCCUGUCAUUGAUUUGCAAAAGCUGUCUGAGCGGUAUGGGAAAGUGUUCAGUCUUUACUUUGGAGGCAGGCCUGCGGUGAUCAUAACUGGUGUGGAGGCCAUGAGAGAGGCUCUGGUGACUAAAGCUGUGGACUUUGCUGGGAGGCCAGAUGGAGUGCUGCUGAGCCACCUCACCCAAGGAAAAGGUAUCAUCAUGGCUGACUAUGGUCCUGGCUGGAAGGAGCAUCGCCGCUUUGCUCUCACGACCCUGAGGAACCUUGGCCUGGGGAAGCAGUCGAUGGAGGAGAGAAUUCUGGGAGAGGUCUCACAUAUCAGCGCCCACCUGGAAAAGUGUGCUGGACAGCCGAUUGACCCUCAGACUUUGUUUCAUAAUGCUUCAUGUGACAUCAUCUGCUCCAUUAUGUUUGGGUCUCGAUAUGAAUACGACCACAAGUUCUUUCAAGCUAUGAUCAAAAUGAUGGCAGACAACUCUAAGAUUGCCAAUGGACCAUGGGGCAUGAUAUAUGAUACUAUGCCAUUGUUGAGAUAUCUACCCCUGCCAUUCCAAAAUGCCCUCCGGGAUUACCACACAAUUAAGAUGCAUGUGCUGGACGUAGUCAACGAGCACAGAGCCACGCACACUCCUAAAGAGCCCAGAGAUCUCAUAGACAGUUACCUGGAUGAGGUGGACAAGAGAGGUAAAGACUGCGCUCCAUUUGAUGACGGUCAGAUGUUAACUAUGUUGCUUGACCUUCUCUUCGCCGGAACCGACACCACAUCAAACACCAUCCGUUCCGCCGUGCUCUACUUCAUGGCUUACCCAGAUAUCCAAGCGAAGUGUCAGCAGGAGAUUGAUAUGGUCCUAGAGGGGAAAGACGAGCCCUGCUUCGAGGACAGACACCACAUGCCCUAUACACAGGCUGUUAUCCAUGAAUCCCAGCGAUCUGCCAGCACACUUCCUCUCAGUGUUUUCCACUGCACAACCAAAGACACCGGGCUGAUGGGAUAUGAUAUACCUAAGGGCACACUUGUCAUCCAGAACCUGUCGUCUGCGCUUUACGAGGAGAAGCACUGGAAGUCUCCCCACAGCUUCGACCCCUCCAACUUCCUGAAUGAGCAGGGACAGUUUGAGAAGCCUCCUGCUUUCAUGCCAUUCUCAAUAGGUCCCCGGACUUGUCUUGGGGAGGGAUUGGCGCGCAUGGAGCUCUUCCUGAUCCUGGUGACCCUGCUGCGACGUUUCCAGUUCAUCUGGCCAGAGGACGCAGGAGAGCCAGACUUCACCCCUGUGUUUGGGGUCACACAAGCCCCCAAACCCUACAGGAUGGUGGUGAAACUGAGGGAAAUUAUGACCUAGUGAUGACAGAUACUUUUUGUUUUGUCGUAGACUUUGAAAGAGAUUUUAUGUAAUGUCAUGUAAUAGCAGUGUCAAAUGAUGCCACAUGUAAUGUAAUGCAAGUAAUACGAGUUGACAACAAGUCAACAAUUACAAGUAGGCCAAGUAAGCUAUGAUGCAUUUUCAAGGACGAUUAUUGUAUAUCAUGUAUGCGAGUCUUGAAUUACAGACAUCAGCAAUUCCAGGAGUUGUAUAUGGAGUAUACUAGUAAUAAACUUUACUAGCAAAUCUAA